UCAGCCCUCUUGCGUUCGUGUAUGAACAUGUUUGUUAUGAUGCCGUAUGGCUGUCGACUGGUCAAAAAGCGGUGGCUUGAUUGUGCUUUCCAAUAGCAGCAGCGGUCGGUGGUUUGCGAUGGUCCACUGGCCUAAGUGACGCUCGUUAGAAUAGAGCUUCCCCACAUUUACAUUACAUACAUCUGACGAGCCGGUUUCUGUGCCGACGUAACAACAAGAACAUUUUUCAAUAUGGCUGAUUGUACGGCAGCUCGUAGUUGAGAAACCAACGGGAAACAGUUAUUAUGCCAGAAUGCAUGUAUGCAAAUGGAUUCGAUGUGAUGCGUCAAUGAAGUAGUUGCCAGUCCUGUGGUUAACAACCUCCAUAACCUUCUAAACAUUUUGGUCCUGCGUUGUAUCAGACGAGUACUCCUUUCGCCGCAGUUUCUGAUGAAACGAGAAGAACUUUUUGUCUGUGUGUUGUCGGUAUAUCGCACUUAUUAUAGGCACCUGAGGUAAACGUUAAGAACGUCCGUCUAUCUCAGCCUUAAUCACCAAUUGGUAUCCAUGUGGUCAACCAAAUAUUUAAACUGGAUGAUCUUCGUCGAGUAAUUCCUCUCCGAAAUUAAUAGUGAACCUGCAUUGAAGUUUUUCUUAAUAACAACCAACUCAAACAGCAUUAGUGUCUGUGUGUGGGUGUGUGUUAACAUUCGUUAUAUGGUACUAAUGCGAACGUGCCCUCUACUACUGGUCCUUUUAGUAUUAACCACACCAGCAAUCGCAACAGGCCAGUCGUACCGUAUAUAUAUAUAAAUAUACAUACGCUCUUUCAUUUGUAGUGAUGUCCGGCUAUAUGAAUUCGCCGUCACGGCCUUAUUCCCCAGGCGGUGCUCCACCCGCUGGUGGAAAUCCUUCUGGCCCUCCUGGAGCAGGCGCCCCUAUGGGCUCACCGAUGCGACCACAGAUGAUGGGAUCCCAGAUGGGAGGAGGUCCGCCUAGGGGCACAUAUCCCGCUGGUGGCUAUCCACCUUCACAAGGCUCAUCCCCCCGACCUCCGCCGCAGGGUUAUCCGAGUCCUCGGCCAUCGAUGGGUCCCCCGCCAAGUGGCGGCGGUGCAAGCUACGGAGGAGGUGGCCGAUCAGGUGGCGGAAGUGGUGGAGGCGCUACCCCUAAGCGGCCAGGCGACGCCAGGACGGGCCCAAUGGGAGCUCGCCCCGGCGCUGGUCCUCCGCAGCCAUCACCCCAGCAACCCCCCCAAUCACAGCAGCAGCAACAGCCGCCGAAGAAGAAGAAGAAGCUCGCGGACAAAAUUCUGCCCCAGCGGGUCCGUGACCUCGUGCCGGAAUCUCAGGCGUAUAUGGACCUACUGGCGUUUGAACGAAAGCUCGAUUUUACAAUUAUGCGUAAGCGGCUUGAUAUUCAAGAGUCGUUGAAGAGACCGAUGAAACAGAAACGCAAAUUGCGUAUAUUUAUCUCAAACACGUAUUUCCCAGGCAGCGGCGGACCGGCAGAUCCAGCCGACAGCGGAGGCCCGCCUCCAACUGACGGCGCCGUACCCUCUUGGGAACUCCGAGUCGAAGGCCGCCUUCUUGAGGAUGCAAAAGAAGGUGCCCCGAAAGGCCCUAAAAGAAAGUUCUCAUCGUUUUUCAAAUCGCUUGUCAUCGAACUUGACAAGGAGCUGUACGGGCCAGACAACCACCUUGUUGAGUGGCAUCGUACGCCCACCACAAAUGAAACUGAUGGUUUUCAGGUAAAGCGUCCCGGCGAUCGCAACGUUCGCUGUACCAUAUUGCUUCUCUUAGAUUAUCAACCUUUACAGUUCAAGCUGGAUCCACGGCUCGCUAGACUGUUAGGUAUUCACACGCAGACCAGGCCAGUGAUUAUAGCUGCUCUUUGGCAGUACGUUCGAACGCACCAUUUACAAGACCAGCAUGAACGCGAGUUUAUCAACUGUGAUAAAUAUCUCGAACAGAUAUUCCAGUGCUCACGAAUGAAAUUCGCCGAAAUUCCGCAGCGGCUUCAUCAGUUGCUCCAUCCACCAGAUCCCAUUGUCAUCAAUCACCUAAUUACGGUUGACCCUCAGGACACCAAGAAGACCGCCUGUUACGAUAUUGACGUUGAAAUCGAUGAUGCUCUCAAAAAUCAGAUGAACCAAUUCGUGCUGUCCACAUCAAAUCAGCAGGAAAUUCAACAACUAGAGCAUAAAAUCCACGAGACCGUCGAGACGAUCAACCAACUGAAAACUCAUCGAGAGUUCUUUCUAUCCUUUGCGAAAGAUCCUCAAUGCUUUGUGAACAAGUGGCUCAUAUCACAAAGCCGCGACCUGAAGACAAUGACAGACGUCGUCGGAAAUCCGGAAGAAGAGCGCAGAGCAGAUUUCUACCAUCAGCGAUGGUCAACCGAAGCUGUUUACCGCUACUUUUAUGGCAAAGUCCAGCAGAAACGAGCUGAACUGGAGCAGGCACUGGGUAUACGGACGUAGAUAGAUGAGCGGUAGUAUGCACAAACGAAAAAAAUGAGCUGCUAUUAAAGCUUCAGUAUAUAUAUAUAUAUAUAUAAGAUGGCAUAAUGAUAAAAAAUUGGAAAAGCUAGACAACAGUUGGAGAUCAGCUGGAAUUUGUAUAUAAUGAUAUAUCUAUUUGUGACUUGCGCCAAAAGACUGAGAAACUCUUAUGCGGUUGCAAAAAUAGCAGUAGCUACAGAACUCAAACUAGCGUGAAAACGUCACGUAAGAAAAGUGUUGGGGAGAACAAGUUACACAAGACGAAACCAAUAAAAUCGAUGCACAUCUCCGUAAAAACCGAAACGAUCAUGUACUAUGCACGUAUGUGUGUGUGUGUUGAUAACGAUUCAGGCGUGUAAUUAUAGUAUUGAUAGUAACCAUUGAUAAAUUAUGCAGAUCCCAUAAGUUCUAUAUAUUUAACAUAUGACAGUGGAUUGUACAGGUAUUACUCUCUGCGAAUAUUGAAAAUCAACUUGGGUACAUGGCUACAAUGCCCUACAUCUUUUAAAGCUAUUACCCGCUCUACCGGCCUAUAAUCGCAACUGUAAAGUAUAACUUUUUAUGGCCAAAAAGCUCUUAAUUGUCUAAAUGAUAUUUGAUUGUUUUUGCUUUUUUUUUUUGCUUCUUUGUAAAAAUGCUACGUUUCAUUUACAAUGAACUCCUAUUCAUGUAUUAUGUUAUUCGGUCUGAGAAUAGACCUAUUUAAAUCUCGGUAUCAUUUGUGGCAAAGCUAUAAUUAUGAUUAUUAUUAUUAGUUCUUCCCCCAAUCUCUUACCAGAUUAUAUGAGAUACCCUGAAAACCAGUGAAACCCCAUAUCCUGUAGAGUGAAAUUUUAGCUGCAGAUACCGUGAUGACUGUUGGGUUUUACUAAAAACACCUCUUGUGACAAUUGAAUGCAAAUGUCAUAUUGAGUGUGCACGGUUGGGACAAACAGAUGCUGCACUACAUACCUGAAGUGAAAUUAUUCUAAAAAGCGAGCACUUGAAUUGCGAUAAUUCGAUCAUAAUACAAGUGCACGGUUCAGAGUUCAUUCCUGUUGCGAUUGGGGACUUGCGAUGCUACGUACGCACCCUUUAAUAUACACUAUUAGUAACACAACAGUAUACAGACCGACAAACCAACUAUGAUAAAUUUUAGCAGUGAAAAAUGUCGGCGACUGUGUAAAGACGAACGAAAUACAAUAUUCAUUUGAAGCACCGUCACCAAUACAUUAUUAUAUAGAGCAGUAUACUGUCUUGUAAUGCAAAUAGCAAAACAUAUGAAAUUGCGUGUGUUACUACUGUCCCAGGAAAGAAACGACAAACAGAAGAAAGAUAGAAAAUUAAAGAACUGAAGAAAAAAUUAUCACAAAGGAAGAUGUUGAAAUAAAUAUAUUGAUAUAUUAAAUAAUAUUAGAGUGGUGUGCGCUCUAUUUAUUGGGACAGCUUAUUAAUUCAUUCUUAUUAGUAAUUGCAAUCAGACGGUUUGUUUCGUACCCAGGACGGAGGCAUCCAUAUAGCAUAGAGCCAGCGUACUGCGUUAACGUGGAGGACGGGACAUCGAAAUACCUGGUACAUGGAUGUCAUCUCGAGAAGAGCCCCCAUGUUCUCCUGCUACGGCAGAUAUGCCUUGUUAGUGUUACGAGACGUUGCUAUGUGUAAAACGAAGCUACAGAAUAUGUAAAUUA